UGGUGCGUGGUGCUGAAAUGACCGUACGGAAACAUAGUGGCUGUCAUUGACCCAACUCCCAAGGAAUCAUUGCCACUGGAAAGGACGAUGCUGUCCAAACAGCAGGGAAGAAUCCGUAGCCUCUACCAGGUCGCCAAGGCCUACAAAGGCCAAGAUCAGAUCGGCGUGCCGUCUCUGACUCGCGCGCUGGAACUUACAAACUAUGGAGACUGGGGGAAACUGGACAUGAGUUACCAUCGCGAAUGUCCCAAAAUUAUCCAACCAAAUCAGAUCUUGGUACGCAACCUGGCAUCAUCUCUGAAUAGACAUGACUUUGAAAUGAAGACUGGCUACAUUCAGCCGUAUUUAGAUAUUUGUCGUAAGACGGCUGGUGAGAAGGCUGAAGGAUUUGAACUGCCACUAGUUCUUGGAAGAGAUUUCGCUGGUGUGGUAAUGGAUACAGGGCCAGACGUGAAACUAUUCACACCUGGAGAUGAGGUAUUCGGUGCCACAUCAAGUUUCGGACAAGGCUGUUUCUCAGAUUUUGUCGUCGUUGAGCAAAAUAAUGCGAGACAUAAACCACCAAAUCUAUCGUUUGUGGAAGCUGCGUCCUUACCAUAUGUAUCGGGAGCUGUAAUGACUGCUUGCUGUCAAUCCGGACUGAAGAGGCAGUACUACAAGAACUUGACUGGUAAACGGGUAUUAAUUCACGGUGCUGGCGGUGGUGUUGGGACUAUAGCAGUACAGCUGCUGAAGUCGGCUGGUGCCCAUAUCGUCACGACCUCACUGGUCAGAUCGUUCAAACUGCUCAAGUCUCUAGGUGCAGAUGAGACGCUGGCUUUCCGUGCUAAGGACUUCAUUGUAGAUCUGGAGACAUUGGACAAGUUUGACCUGAUACUGGAUAUACCUGGUCACUGCGAUGGAUUCCUGCUGCGUUGUAUCAACCGACGUGGCAGCUACGUGUCCUUCAAGCAGCGUCUAUAUGAGAACAUCCACGAGGAGGAUAUUGACCUAGCGUUUGGUAUGAUGAAGGAUAUUCUGCUAACCAAGGCCCGCCUACGUAUGAAGUAUGGCUGCAAGUACUAUUAUUUCAGUUACAUGCCACCACAUCCGUACUACCUCGACUAUCUGUUAUAUUUCCUUGAGGAUGGCACGAUCGUCCCUGUAGUUCAAGACGUCAUCGGUCUGGAGGAGAUACCGGACGCUAUGAAGCGUAUUGAAAAGGAGGACGUCCAGGGCAAGACCGUUGUCGACAUGAUGCUCUUGCCGGAGGAAGCCAGGCAGCUGCACCGAGGAGAAACCGAGGCUGUUGGUGAAAUAGCAGAGGGAUGACAUUGGAACACAUGGCCUGGGGAUUGAGUCCUGGUUCAUCGAUGAUGUCACAGUUCGUAUGCUACGGGAUGAGCAUGUAAUGACCGAAUACGCGGCUUCCAGGAUGUACGCUUCAGUCAAGCAUCUUGUGGUGUCUGCUGGCUAUAUAGCAGCAGAGUGGGCUGCAGUAAAGUGUUCCAGCAAAGUGUGCUGCAGCGGGGACCAGUGUUGCAGCGGACUGCAAUAAAGUGUUGCAGUGAAGUGUGUUGUAGCUCAGGGUUUCAGUGGAUUGUGGCAGUGCAGUAUUGCAGUAGCACAACACACAUCGUGGACUUCUUAUUUAUUUACGGUGCUGCGGGGUAUGUCUACAAGUGCACAGUCAUGUUGUCUACCUGUCAUCCGAUACUGAUGCCCACGCACUCAUUACCCUACUGUACUGCACUACAGCCAUGCAGCUGUCAGGCAUGAUGAUCAGUGAACAUGAAGCGCAGCAGCAGCAGCAUCCCGUCAAGUGGUUAGUUUGUUCUGAAUGAUCCAUGGUCAGGGAAAUGCGUUAUUCGAAUCAAGCCUGUGACCCGCCGCCCACUAUGUACUGCGCCACCGUACGGUAUCACUGCGUCAGACAGCCUCCUCCUGCCCAUCGGCGGCGGCUCAGUUGUGCGCGGUGACGAUCUUGUACCCGUGUCUUAGUAACAAGCUUUGCUCGAUGCCACAGCACACUUCAGACACGCAGAUUGUACACUGCACAGUGUCUUACCAGGCCAUAACCAUGAUAACAUGACUUGUGUGUGAGUGGCAAACUUGAUGGCACCUUGUGGAUGUCACAUAUCUGCACAGGCUAUUGAUCACUGUAAACACAUGGAACUGCUAUGUAACCAUGGUGAUCACUGUAAACACAUGGAACUGCUAUUUAACCAUGGCAACCAAUGUGAAUAACUGUAAAUGGCUUUAUUACACCAAGAUAACACGAAACCCAGA